AUGGCGAUCAAAAGCGGGAAGCUAGACGGGGGAGAAUCUAGCCAAAACCCUCCAGUGAGAAGAAAAGAUAAUGAGGUUAGUAAUGUGAAGAAAUAUGAUUCGAAUAACAUUACAGUAUCUCGACCACCGGCCACUGUGUCGUCAGCAUCAAAUCCUGUCCAACAAGGAGUGAAAGAACCAAGACAGGAAAGGGAAAGGGUUCAAUUUGACCCUAUCCCCAUGACCUAUAAAGAAUUAUUCCAGAUCUUGUAUGAAAAACAUGUGGUGUCACCUUACCACACUUCUUCAAUACAACCUCCUUACCCAAAAUGGUUUGACAUCAGUGCUCAAUGUGAGUAUCAUGCGGGGGCAUCAGGGCAUUCAAUUGAAAACUGCCUAGCCUUCAAAAAGUUGGUGCAUAGAUUAAAACAAAGAAAUGUUAUCAACUUCGGUGAUAGUGAGCAGCCUAAUGUGGCUCAGAACCCACUACCGAACCAUGCAGGAACAGGGGUUAAUGUUGUUAUUGAAGAAAAAGGGAAUAAAGUCAUAACCAAAGUCAAUAAAGUGAAGUCACCCAUGCAUUGGGUAUGGGGGCAAAUGGUCAAAGUAGGAUGGUUGACCUUUAAUGCUAACGAGAAUAAGUAUGCUUUCCCCUAUCACCGUUGUAAUUAUCAUGCCAUUCAAAACUGUGACGAAUUCAAGGCCUUGGUUCAAAGGUUGAUGGAUAGUAAUGACAUGGAAUUUUACCAUGAGGUUACGAAAGAGAAAGAGAAUGAUAUUUGCGCUUCUGAAGACACAUCCAAGGGAGUUUACAAUACUAACUACCCUUUAGUCAUGACACCAAAAGCUCGGACUAUAGAAAGGUUAAUCCCAAAAGUGAUGAUCACGCCUCCGUCGUCUUUUCCUUAUAAAGACAACAAGCAGGUCCCUUGGAGGUAUGGAUUCCAAAUAGAGAAUGUUGAGAGUUCAGAAGAUGCUAAGAAAGAGGUGGAUGAGGUAGGCCACUUCACCAGAAGUGGAAGAUGUUAUUCUCCUAACCAAAUCAGUGAACCUGAGAAAAGAGUGGCCCCUGAUAAAGGAAAAAGGGUCGAGAUAAUGAUGAAAGAUGAUGACUCAACAAUCAAUGAGCCAGUAACAGAGAACGAUGAUGUAGAGUUUUUAAAAUUUUUGAAGCAUAGUGAGUACAGCAUCGUCGAGCAACUACACAAGUUGACAGCUCGUAUCUCGAUCAUGUCUCUACUAUUAAGCUCUGAGGCACAUCGAAAUGCAUUGCUGAAAGUUUUGAAUCAUACUUUCGUACCGAAAGAUGUGCCAGAGGAAAAGAUAGAUCGACUGGUUGCAAAUAUUCAGGCGGAUAAUUUCAUCUCUUUCUCUGAUGACGAGAUCCCAUCCGGAAUGAUGGGCAAUCCUAAAGCCUUGCACAUUACCAUCAGGUGCAAGGGACAUGUGUUAUCGCGAGUACUAAUCGACAAUGGCUCUGCCCUGAAUGUGAUGCCAUUAGUGACAUUGAAAAAACUGUCGGUUGAUAGUACAUACAUGAGAAAUUGCCAAAGCAUCAUUCGAGCUUUUGACGGAACAAAGAAGGAGGUGCUGGGGAAGAUCGAUAUUCCUUUAACCAUUGGCCCAUCAACCUAUGAGGUCGAAUUCCUUGUAGGAGUUGUGCCAUCCACUUUGCAUCAGAAACUCAAAUUUGUAAUUGAGGGGAGAUUGGUAUGCCUUAAUGCUGAGGAAGAUAUCAUUGCUUCCAUAUCUACUACUGCUUCAUAUGUCGAAAUAGAUGAAGAUGCGGUCGAGUGCUCUUUCAGAGCCUUGGAAUUCAUUAAUGCCACCUUUGCUGCCGAAAGAAAGAAAAUUCUGAAGGCUAGGCUAUCCAAUUGUACCAAAAUGGAACUGAAGAUGACUAUGGGAAGAGGAGCCAAGGUUGGAAGAGGGCUGGGAAGCCGCCUACAGGGAAAUAUUAGUCCAGUUUUUCCUGUUAUUAAGCGAUACCGUUUUGGUCUGGGAUAUCACCCGACCUUAAAGGAAAAGUUGAAAAAUGUUCAAAAGAGCCAGGAAAGGAGGAAAGCCAGGUUAGUCGGGGAAGAUAUUAAGUGGGAACCCAUGAAUUUCCCAUUGUUGCGUGACACCUUCAUAACUGGGGGCCAUAUGUUUCAGGGGAGUCGAUCAUCAAAAAAGUCUGUUAUUGAAAAUACCCUGAAGGAUUUGGGCAUAAAUGUGAUAUCAGAGGAAGGAAUCGAAGACGGAAGGGCUAUAGGCAUCUAUCCCGCACCACCAGGCUUUGUGCUAAACAACUGGACUGCAGAAGAAUUACCUGGCAUGGGAUUGGGGCAAUUCUCGUCUCACCUUGUGGAAAACAGUAUCCUUUCACCAGCCGAUUGA